AUGCCUCGUCUACACACGCACGAAGAGGUCAUGUCCAACGUCGAUGCCAUUUGCGAUGUCGUUCGAGGCGUCAAACGCGGUUUACCAGGCAUGGAUUUAAUAAUCUUUCCAGAAUAUUCAACGAUGGGGAUUAUGUACGACAAAACAGAAUGUCUAGCUACGGCGCAAACGAUCCCAGGACCUGCGACGGAUAAAUUUUGUGCGGUAUGUAAAGAAGUUGGCGUAUGGGGCGUUUUUUCAAUCACCGGGGAGGUCAAUGAUAGCUCUGUCAAGGGAAAGGCGCCGUACAACGCGUUGGUGCUCGUCGACGACCAAGGGGCAAUUGUUCAAAAGUAUCGAAAAAUUAUGCCUUGGUGUCCCAUCGAGGGCUGGUACCCGGGAGAUAGAGUGUAUGUCUCUAGAGGCCCGAAAGGGAUGAAGAUAUCUUUGAUAAUUUGUGAUGAUGGGAACUAUCCUGAAAUUUGGCGAGAGUGCGCGACACAGGGCGCCGAGUUGGUGGUUCGAUGUCAAGGGUACAUGUAUCCCGCAAAAGAGCAACAAAUCAUGAUGGCGAAAUGUAUGGCUUGGUGUAACGGGAUCUACGUCGCGGUGGCCAACGCCUCUGGAUUUGACGGCGUGUAUUCUUACUUUGGACACUCCUGCAUCGUCGCCGCAGACGGCCGAACGCUCGGCGAAUGCGGCACAGAGGAGAACUCGAUGAAUUACGCGCAGCUUUCAAUUUCGGCGAUUCGAGACGCUCGAGCCAACGAUCAAUCGCAAAACCAUCUCUUCAAGCUUCUGCAUCGAGGGUAUACCGGCGUUUACGCCAGCGGUGAUGGAGACAAGGGUGUUGCCAAAUGUCCAUUCGAGUUCUACGAUACCUGGGUACGCAAUCCGGAACUCGCCAGAGCGCAAAUCGAAACAUUGACGCGGUCCACCAUUGGCGUCGCGUGUUGUCCAGUGAACGGAAUCCCGAGACCCGAACUCGCCGAACACGAUCCACAGAUGGAAGAAUGCUUACGUUGA